GCAGCACCGGUGGUUUCUGAGCUGCACAUAAAAGUGCACGAACCAACCGGCCGACCGGCGAAACUCUGCUCCUGCUCUCUGGGAGACCAGACCGGACGUGAUCUGACACCGGGGGAACCAGAACCUGCGCUGGUGGUACAUUAAUGCUGUUUAUUUGGGACAACUAGGCGCACAGCUCGAAGGCUGGUCUGAGAUCUGUGGACAUCCACUAUUGCCAUAAUCUAAGAAAGCCUCCACCUCACCGCGGCCUGCUUUGCGUGGGAUGCUGCAGAGUGGAAGAGCAGGGGUGGAGAUUUGAUGCCACUUGGCAGCGGUAGCCUGUAAAAGGUGUGGCUCAGUCAAACAUGGGGGAGUCAAUCUUCAACUGCUGUUAUGUCCCACCUCAUCCUCCAGGCGAGGAGGAGCCCCGCAGGUCCCGGCGCACCGACAUCAUGGCCUCCCACUCGGGCCACAUCUCCUCAGACAAGCGCUUCCUCAUCUUCUUCGACUUCGACGAGACCAUCGUGGAUGAGACCAGCGACGACAUGGUGGUGCAGGCCGCCCCGGGGCAGCACCUACCCGGCUGGCUGAAGGACACCUACCAGCCCGGCCGUUACAACGAGUACAUGCAGCGCGUCCUGGCCUACCUGGCGGAGCAGGGGGUCACCGAGAGCGACAUCCGCAGCACCAUGGAGAAGAUGCCGUCCACCCCCGGCAUGCUCACCCUCUUCCAGUUUCUCCGCAACCGGCCGCCGCAGGACUUCGAGGUGGUUCUGGUGUCCGACGCCAACACCUACUUCAUCGAGUCGUGGCUGCGGCGCGCCGGGGCCCGUCAGCUCUUCCACCGCAUCUUCUCCAACCCGGCCACCUUCAACAAGGACGGCCGGCUGGUCAUGAAGCCCUUCCACUCCCACGACUGCCCACGCUGCCCCGACAACAUGUGCAAGCAGGUGAUCGUCAGGGACUACGUGGCGCGCAGGACGCAGGAGCGCGGACGCCCCUACCAGCGCAUCUUCUACGUGGGGGACGGAGCCAACGACUUCUGCCCGGCGGUGGCUCUCGGGCCCCGGGACGUGGCCUUCCCACGGCGGGACUUCCCCAUGCACCGGCUGAUCACGGAGACCCACGAGGGCAUGCCCGGGGAGUUCAAGGCGGUCACGGCGCCGUGGGUGAGCGCGGAGGAGGUGGUGCAGCGGCUGAGGAAGCUGGUGGCAGAAUAAGAGGGGCGGGGGGGCAACAGGGGGCCAAAUCACAGUUUAAGUCAUGAUCUCAGGUAAAAUAAGGCAAUAACAUCACGUGUACUGUGUGUAAAGGUGAACUUGUGUCUGUGGCGUUCAGCCUGCAGCUUCUCACGUUUUGGUCCAGAGGUCACAGUUCAACAUCUGCAGGUUAAUGAUUGUGGAGACCUCAGCUGCCAUCUGGAGUGAAAAUCAAUCACUAAUCUGGUGCAAAUCACAUCCAAUGUUCAUAAAAUCUCAAGAAAUGUAUAAUUUAACGAUUAAGUUUCAGAGCAUUUGCAUAAUAAAUGUCCUUCAGUGGGAGGUGGGCUUGUUUUGGGGUCAUUAAGCAAUAAAAAUAUAUAUAAAAAAAAUUAUACAAGACAAAUAUAUUAAUUAAUUGACUGGUUGCUCUUAAAUACCAAGUGUGUUUUCUGACAAACUGCACUUUUUAAAUAUGAAAUAUGAAGCGAUAGUAAACCAGAGUAACACUGCCAUCUAAUGGCUACGGGCAUUCUAACAGUAUUUUUAUCAACAUGCUUCUCAGAGACGAUGUCUAAUUAUUUACAAAUGUAUGACUUUGUGUUCAGAGUUUGUCUGUUUGUUGAACUUGUUUAUCAGUCUGUUGUAUCUGUAUUGUUGUAGGCUUUGGCCUACAGAAAAAAAGAAACAUUAACACCAGCAGGAAUAAAGCCAUCAACUGAAA